UUGCCUGCGGUAGAGUGUGUUCUGGGGACUGAUGUGGGUCUCUGCUGAGGUCAGGAGGCACAAGGUGCCAACCUCCUUAAUGGGGGCCGCGGUGCAAGCCUCCCCCGCCCCCAGCUAGGUCAGGCUGGGGCUGUGGGGCCUGGCUGCCUCUGGGUCUCGGGCUGGUGUUUGCUCUGGGAGGCCGGAGGGAGCCAUGCCAGCCUUGCACACACAGCUCGCUCUGUUCUAGGGCCAGAGAGAGGGAACGGGUGGGGGGCAGCUCUCUGGGGAGCAGGGAGCAGGGAGGCCGGAGCAGGCAGGGGGCCCCAGACCCCUGAGGCCUGGCUGGGACAGCUCCAGAGGCUGUGUGAUUUAUGGCUGCAGCACUUUUUCCCCAUGGGCUUGGCAAGUCCUCUCUGGGCAGUCGGACCGGCUGAAGAGGAAGCGAGGUGAACAGCUUGGGGUGCCUGGUGGGGCUGCCACUCCGCAUCCUCCAUGGGUCUCCAGGGAGGCCUGAGCCCCCCGUUAGCAGAGAGGGAAGCCCACUCAGGCCGAGUUCCCACAGCUGCUGGAGCUGGCAGGUUUUCUGGUCUUCAGGUGGACGUCAUUUGUUUUCUUCUUUAGCUAAUUAUUGCUGAUUCCCGUGCCUGGAGAAACACAAAUCAGAAUCCCAGAAGUCUCUGUCAAUGACUGGGGACAGAUACUGUCCUGUCAGUCACAACUCAGUGGGGCAGAGUCACAGUGGCAGCUUUGAGAGUUGGACACCCGGCUCCCGGUAGUGAUCUCUAGGCCCCAGCCCCAAAUCUGCCACCAUUCCGUGCUGCGGGGACACCAUGGCUCCAGAAGACGACACUGGAGGGGAAGCCUUAGGGGGCAGUUUCUGGGAGGCUGGCAACUACAGGCGGACGGUGCAGCGGGUGGAGGACGGGCACCGGCUGUGCGGGGACCUGGUCAGCUGCUUCCAGGAGCGUGCCCGCAUCGAGAAGGCCUAUGCCCAGCAGCUGGCCGACUGGGCCCGCAAGUGGAGGGGCACCGUGGAGAAGGGCCCCCAGUAUGGCACACUGGAGAAGGCCUGGCAUGCCUUCUUUACGGCGGCGGAGCGGCUGAGUGCACUGCACUUGGAGGUGCGGGAGAAGUUGCAGGGGCAGGACAGCGAGCGGGUGCGUGCCUGGCAGCGGGGGGCCUUCCACCGGCCUGUGCUGGGCGGCUUCCGUGAGAGCCGGGCUGCCGAGGACGGCUUCCGCAAGGCCCAGAAGCCCUGGCUGAAGAGGCUGAAGGAGGUUGAGGCUUCCAAGAAGAGCUACCAUGCAGCCCGGAAGGACGAGAAAACGGCCCAGACUCGGGAGAGCCACGCGAAGGCAGACAGCGCCAUCUCCCAGGAGCAGCUGCGCAAGCUGCAGGAGCGGGUGGAACGCUGUGCCAAGGAGGCUGAGAAGACGAAAACCCAGUAUGAGCAGACACUGGCAGAGCUGCAUCGCUACACCCCACGCUACAUGGAGGACAUGGAGCAGGCCUUCGAGACCUGCCAGGCUGCUGAGCGCCAGCGGCUUCUUUUCUUCAAGGAUAUGCUGCUCACCUUACACCAGCAUCUUGACCUCUCCAGCAGUGAGAAGUUCCAUGAACUCCACCGAGACCUGCACCAGAGCAUCGAGGCAGCCAGUGACGAAGAGGAUCUGCGCUGGUGGCGCAGCACUCAUGGGCCAGGCAUGGCCAUGAACUGGCCACAGUUUGAGGAGUGGUCCUUGGACACACACAGGACAAUCAGCCGGAAAGAGAAGGGUGGCCGGAGCCCUGAUGAGGUUACUCUGACCAGCAUUGUGCCCACAAGAGAUGGCACUGCACCCCCACCCCAGUCCCCGGCUUCCUCAGGCAGGGGGCAGGAUGAGGAGUGGUCAGAUGAGGAGAGUCCCCGAAAAGCGGCCACUGGGGUCCGGGUCCGGGCGCUCUAUGACUACGCUGGCCAGGAAGCUGAUGAGCUGAGCUUCCGAGCAGGGGAGGAGCUGCUGAAGAUGAGCGAGGAGGAUGAGCAGGGCUGGUGCCAGGGCCAGUUGCAGAGUGGCCGCAUUGGCCUGUACCCUGCCAAUUACGUGGAGUGUGUGGGUGCCUGAGUGGCGUGACUGCCCUUCCACGUUUCUCCGCCCUGGGUCAGAGCCCAGCUUCUCCUGGACAGCCGGACCUGAGGGCCCUGAACCACCGUGCCCCUGCAGCCUGUCUGUCCCCUGAGGAGGGUGGAAGUCCUGGGACCCAGGGAGGGGAGGGGCCUGUGUCUAGGAAGCCACUGGUAGGGAAGGGCCCACUGAGUCUAGGCUGAGGGCAAGAUGGAGGUCGGAGGUGACAGGAGGGUUCAGGAUUGCCUGGGCUUCCCCAGGAGCACUUGGGUCUCCCCAGGAGCCGUGGAUUCAGUUCCUGGCUUCUGUCUUGGGGUCCUGGGGUGGGCUUGGGGUGAAUGUAGUUCUGGCCUAGAAGCACCCUCUUUUGUGGCUUGUUCUAGUGUGUAUUAAACUUGACAACACAAACACA